AUGGAAGCCAUUUUCGACAACAAAGCCAAUGUUCUGGACGCCAAGAUACGAACGGCACACGACAACUCUGUGAUCUAUUCAAUAUCGACGGACCAGACGACGUGGUCCAAGACAUACACGUACGUUCGAGAUAUGAAUCCUGCUGGGCGAGAGGAUCCAAUUGUGGUCGGGAUCAUUAAUUGGGACAAGAAAACGUUCGAAGUAAAUGGACAUCGUAAGACUUUGAAGGAGAUCAGACGGAAGCCGAGGCGAUUCUCGCUGAGAUCGAAACUUUGGAAAUGGAGCGAAGAUAGAGAAGAGUACGCAAUUGUGCAUCGCGAGGAGGGUUGGCAGGCCAUGUCCACCAGUAAAAACCAGGUCGAAGCUACGUUGGCCGUGCCAUACCGUCCACAGCUGUUUGGGAAAUUGAAACCAAUUGUGAUAAACCUUUCGAGAUCAGCUUUGGCAAAAGACGAGGUUUUCCUGAUACUUGCUUUCAUUUACCUAGAGUACAGGAGGCAAGAAAAGACGGAAGCCACUAAUUAA